AUGGACGAAAGAUCACACAGCGCCUCGGCGAAUCCAAUGGUAGCCGAGGAGCGCGUCGACUUGUGUUUCGUCGGUUCGUUGGAAACAGCUCGCGAGACAAUCGUGUCGGGAACGGAGCUCGAUCGUCAAGAACGGGCAGGGGCGUCUGGCAGGGGAGGAGAGCAUACGCUUUCAGGUUUCCUUCUCGGCGCUCGAGAGGAAGCUGCUGAGAAGGAACGCGCCAUCAACGUCCUGGACUACAACAAUGCUACUGCGAUCGCCGAGGAGAAGAAGAAGGAAGCAGCAGGAGCACCGGAAAGCAGAAACAAGGCUUUCGGGAUUAGUAAAUACACAAGUUCAUAA